GGAGAAGAGGAGGUGGAGAAGAAGAAGAAGAGGAGAAGGAGGAGGAGGAGGAAGAGAAGUUAGAGCAGUUCCGCCUGGCUGCAGCCGGGCAUCCCGUAGGACGGUGGGCUGGGCAGCGGCCGUGCUGGUGCCCCCGGUGCCCCCGGUGCCCGCCGGGGAUGGCAGUGCAGUGAGCGGCCAGCGGCCCGGCCCGGCCCAGCGGAGCGCAGCCCUUCGCGGAGGGUCCCCGCCGCCGCCACCAUGAAAGUGUCAUUGAGGUGUUAAGGAAAUCUCUGCGGUAGUUCCGGGGAGGAGGAUGGCUACCUCAGACGAUUUUGCAGAGGAAGAGGAGGUGCAGUCCUUCGGUUACAAGAGGUUCGGUAUUCAGGAAGGAACCCAAUGUACCAAAUGUAAAAAUAACUGGGCACUGAAGUUUUCGAUCAUAUUACUCUAUAUUCUGUGUGCCCUGCUAACCAUCACGGUGGCCAUUCUGGGAUACAAAGUUGUGGAGAAAAUGGACAGCGUUACAGGCGGCAUGGAGACGUCACACCUGCGAUACACCGAGAAACUCACAGAGGUGGAGAGCGGCCUCAAGAAAUUAGGGGACCAGACCGGACAGAAGGCCGUGAGCACCAACUCGGAACUCUCCGGCUUCAGGUCCGACAUCCUGGACCUGCGCCAGCAGCUCCGCGAGGUGACGGAGAAGACCGCCAGGAACAAAGACACCUUGGAGAAGUUACAGGAGAGUGGGGUCGCGCUGGACGACCGGCAGAGCCAAAUGAAGGAAACCCUGGAGAACAACUCCUUCCUGAUCACCACGGUCAACAAGACCCUCCAGGCCUACAAUGGUUACGUCAACAACCUGCAGCAAGACACCAGCAACCUCCAGGCCAACCUGCAGAGCCAGAUGCAUUCUCACAACGUGGUCGUCAUGAAUCUCAACAACCUGAACCUGACCCAGGUGCAGCAGAGAAACCUCAUCGGCAUCCUGCAGAGGUCAGUGGAUGACACCAGCCAGGCCAUCCAGCGAAUCAAGAACGACUUUCAGAACCUGCAGCAGGUCUUCCUCCAAGCGAGGAAGGACACCGACUGGUUCAAGGAGAAGGUGCAGAACCUGCAGGCUCUGGCCGCCAACAACUCUGCCCUGGCCAAAGCCAACAACGACACCCUGGAGGACAUGAACAGCCAGCUGAACUCGUUCGGCGGCCAGAUGGACAACAUCACGACCGUCUCCCAGGCCAACGAGCAGAACCUGAAGGACCUUCAGGACUUCCACCGGGAUUCCGAGAACAGGACGGCCACUAAGUUCAACCAACUGGAGGAGCGCUUCCAGUUCUUUGAGUCCGACAUAGUCAACAUCAUUAGCAAUAUCAGCUACACCGCUCACCACCUGAGGACACUGACCAGCAAUCUGAAUGACGUCAGGACCACUUGCACGGACACCCUGACGAAGCACACCGACGACCUCACGGUGCUGAACAAUUCGCUGGCCAACAUCCGUUUGGACUCCACCUCUCUCAGGAUGCAGCAGGACGUGAUGAGGUCGAGGUUGGACGUCGAAGUGGCCAAUCUCUCGGUGAUCAUGGAAGAGAUGAAACUGGUGGACUCCAAGCACGGUCAGCUCAUCAAGAAUUUUACAAUUCUGCAAGGCCCUCCCGGUCCACGGGGACCCAAAGGUGACAGGGGCCCCCAAGGGCCGCUGGGUCCCACCGGAAACAAAGGACAGAAGGGAGAGAAGGGAGAGGCCGGGCCUCCGGGGCCCGUCGGCGAGAAAGGCCCGGUCGGGCCCAUUGGGCCUCCCGGGGAAAAAGGCGGGAAGGGCUCCAGAGGCUCCCCGGGCUCCAAAGGCCAGAAAGGAUCCACCGGGAAGACGGGCCUACCGGGGCCCAGCGGAGACCCCGGCCCACCGGGCCCCGCCGGCAAGGAUGGUCCUCCCGGCCCUCAGGGCCCACCGGGAUUCCAAGGACUGCAGGGAACUGUGGGAGAGCCCGGCGUGCCUGGACCCCGGGGCCUGCCCGGCCUGCCAGGGGUACCGGGCCUACCUGGGCUCAAGGGCCCUCCCGGUCCCCCUGGCCCGGCUGGAGUCGUAGUCCCUCAAGCCUUGCAGAGAGAACCGACCGCGGCGCCGGAGGACAAUGGGUGUCCUCCUCACUGGAAGAAUUUCACAGACAAAUGCUAUUAUUUUGCAACCGAAAAAGAGAUUUUUGAUGAUGCAAAACUAUUCUGUGAAGAGAGGUCUUCACAUCUGGUUUUCAUAAACACAAGAGAGGAGCAGCAAUGGAUCAAAAAGCAAAUGGUUGGGAGAGACAGCCUCUGGAUAGGCCUCACGGAUUCAGACCGAGAAGGAGAGUGGAAGUGGCUGGACGGGAGCGCUCCGGAAUUCACGAACUGGAAAAACGGGCAGCCGGAUAACUGGGGCCGGGGCCAUGGGCCCGGGGAAGACUGUGCAGGAUUAAUCUACGCCGGCCUCUGGAAUGACUUCCAGUGUGAGGACAUUAACAGCUUCAUUUGCGAAAAAGAUAGGGAGACAGCCCAGUUUUCUGUGUCAUAAUAGCUGUGAAAUACAGACAAGCACAAGUCUUGGAGGUUCCCCAAAGCAGAGGAUACUUUUUGCUGAUUGGAUCACUUUCCCUUCACAUUGAGAAAGAAAGCACUGAACACUGGUUCCGAGGAAAAUUCGACAGCGAAUCUCUCUGUCCUUCCACCGUCGUCAAAGACUUGGGAUCUUUUCCUGUUCUCAGAGCCUGCGAUUGGAGAGUGCCGAUGGACUGGACCAAAUACACUUUUCUCUAUGAGUAACUGCACAAGUAUGCAAGUUCUAACUUCAGAAAUAUGGAAUAUUCCAGUCUUGUUUAGACUGCUGGCCACUCAGCUCUAGGAAAAGCUUAUCCACCUACUGUUUAAACAGUACACUUCGUUUGCUAAAAUCCCAAAUGUAGGAAGAUUAUUCAGAUAUACGUAUAUAAAUAUAUAUAUAUAGUCCAUCUCUUACUGAUAAUAUGGAAUAUACUUUUAAGAGCUUUUAAAACUUCAUAUUUUUGUACAAAAUAUUUGCUUUAUACGAUUUUUUUUCUCUUUUGUAGUUGUCAUUUUACCAAUAUAGUACUUGGAGCCAAAGAAAGCAGUAAUGAUACUAACAACAACUCAUAGAGUUUCUUGUCAGGUUUAGCUCUACCCAGAGGUAGGAAAUGUUUUUCAAAUUAAAUAUAUAUAUAUACAUAUAUGUAUAUAUGUAUAUGUGUACACGUGUAUAUAUAUAUAUAUGUAUGUAUACAUAUACAUACAUAUAUAUAUAUAUAUAUAUAUCAUUCUCCAAGGAAGUUGCUCAAGUGAAAUACCUUUGCUCAUCUUGUCAGUGAUGGUUCUGGGAUUUUGUGCAGGUCUGAGUUUGAGAGGAAAAAGCUGGGAAGGAGAAGGAGGAAGAGGAGGAGAAGGAAGAUCAGGAGAGGAAGGAAGACGCAGCGGAGGAGGAGAGAGAGGAAAAAGAGCGGGAAGGAGAGGAGGAGGAGGAGGAGGAGACUCGGCCUGAAAUAGCCUCUCAGGGCCCGAGGACACCUGGGUGCAUCGUGGACUGGGUUCAGAGGUGGCAACUAUGUGCCAUUUUCCCUUUCUCCUAUUUUCGGGUGGGGGAGAGAUGGGAAAGUUGACUGGAAACAGACUAGGCCUGAAUCACUGGCUCUCUGAAUGCCCUGGUGGUAUUUGCGAGGGCAGGAAAAGUUUGGUCUCCCAGGACCACAACGCUGAGGGGAGCUGAGAGAUUGACUCAAACCAAAGUGUCACUUAGGGAGAUGGAAAUAAAACCCAGGAUUCCCAGAAAGAGAUUUUGUAUCUGGAUUCCCCACAUGUGGUACCGGAACCCGGGUAUUCCGGAACACCAGACCAAACCAAAGGCCACUAAAACCAUUUCUUGCAAAUGACUAAUUGAUUGAUUACUUGAUUGAUGAACUGCCCUAAUGCCCUGAUCCCUUCCCACCCUAUCCUCUCCCCACUCCUGGAUCCCUAAGGGAUGAUGUGUGUCGAAACUGGCAUCGGGUGGAGCUCAAGAAAGCAAUCCCCACUUCCAGAGCCCCUUCUCUCCUGCUCCCAAGGAGCUGGCUCGACAGUGUGCUGCUGUCUAUACAAUUUUUAAAGAAUAAACUCAUAAUUCAACUUAAAACCCCCA